AAAGUUUCAAAGCAAUUGCCCACCACAGGCUUUCUGUGUACUGAGACACUCCACGGAACAGCUUAUUUCAAGAUGGCGACGUUACCUUCAUAAAAAAUGGAAGUCUUGAAAUUUAUUUGAGGAAGUGCACAGGAAAAAGGCAAAAUGUCCAAACGGCCAGCGGAGGAUUCUGCCAGCUCCUCUGGAGCACCAGCGGCCAAGAAAAUGGCAGUCCCCUACGACAGUCUCCAGCUGGGGAAAAUUUACUCACUGGAAGAGCUUGACCUGAAAGUGCUGGUGUUUCAAAACAAGAAACUGGCGGAACGAAUUGAACAGCGUAAAAAGGCGGAGACAGAGCUGAGAAAACGUAUAGAGCAGUUGGAAAACCGACAGCGCACUGAUGAUGCCGUCCUCAUGAUCGUCAACAGAUACUGGAAUCAGCUGGAUGAAGAUGUGCGAGUGUUGCUGCAACGUUUUGAUGCUGAGACCUCGGACGAGACAGAGACCAAAAACGAGAGCAGCGAGCUGACCUCCUUCCUGACACUGCUGUCCACCUGGGACAAGCAGGAGCUGGAGGAGAAGCUGGGCCAGAGAGUCGAGUUCUCCAAGCGCGCCAUCGGCAAGCUCCUGCAGGCCUUUGACCGCAUGCUGCAGAGAAACGAGAAGUUGCACCAUGCAAUGGAGGACAAGGUGGAGCAAGAGAAAGAGUCUUUGCUGGAGGAGACACCGAAACCAGAAGAAGAGUCAAAAGAGGAAGAAAAGAAAGAAGAGGAGAGUGAGGAGAAGACCAGCAAGCCAGAGGAAGAAUCAAGCGAGGAGAAGAAGGAGGAGGAGGCGACCGAGUCUGUGCCCGAGCCCAGCCUGAAGGACGUGGUCAAGGGGGAGCUGGCUGACCUGCGGCAGGAGACCAAACAGCUGCACAAUCUGGUUACACAGCUACACCAGCGCCACCACGAGAACACCUUGCAGCUUUCUGAGCUUCAAGACAAACUGACAGCCUCUGAGACCGAGAUUGCGGAGCUUAAGAACAAAGUGGAUGACCUUGAGUACAUGUACGAGAAGUCGGAGAACAAGUGCGACAGCACCGAGCGCCGACUGCAGGAGGUCACGGAGAAGCUGCAGUUCUACCAGGAGACCACGGGCAACCUCCCCAUCUCAGGCUUGAAGAAUGUGCCUGGCGUGCCCACGGGGCGGCUGGAUGAGAUCCUGUCGGAGCUGGAAGAACACAAGGAGCUGUCGGCCAACAGACUGAUGGAGCUGGAGAAACUGAGCGGGGACUACCAGGAGACUCUCACAGAGGUGGAGAAGCUGAAAAUGGAUCUCCAGCACCUCCCCGAGAAUGUGAUCCUGGAGACGACCGAGUACAAGUGUCUCCAGUCACAGUUCUCCGUGCUCUACAACGAGAGCAUGCAGAUCCGAACCCAGCUGGAGGAGAUACGCAACCAGAUGACCAUCAACAAGAACCUGCACAGCCGCCAGAUAGAGCAGAUGGAGCAAUACGAGGUGGAGGGUCAGAAGCAGCUGAAGAUGGAGGUGAUCCAAGUGGAGGACAGCCUCACACAGACCAGGAAAGAAUACGACAUGGUCAGGAUAGAGUUUGAGCAAGCAAUGGCCGCCAACGACCAGAACUUGACAAUAAACCGAGAAAUGCGGAAUUUGAUCCAGAGUUUACAGAACCAUAAUCAACAGUUGAAGAUGGAGUCUGCCAGGUACAAGAGACGACUGCGGGAAGCACAGGUGGAGAUUCACAAACUGAAGCAGGAGUUGACCGCCAACAACCCACCCUCCUCGUCGGCCCCAAACUCCGGUUCGGCCGCCACGACAACCACGGCCACAACAGCUUCCUCCUCCUCAACGUCCACGACGGCGUCCUCAGCCUCCCCGCCGGCCGGUGGCGACUCGAAGGAGGGCGUGGUUCAGGUGAAGGAAGAACCGCAGUCGUCCCCGGUGAAGACGGAACCGGCCCAGGGCGGGGUGGCCACCACCUGCCCCAGCACCCCCGUGGUGAAGAAGGAGGAAGGGGAGAUCCCCACCACGCCCGUGAAGAAAGAGGAGGAGGAGGAGGGCGAGUGUAAAGACAGCCGCAACGGGAAGAACGACCAGGAGCUCAUCAAAGACCUGCGCAAUCAACUUAAGAAAUCUCAAGACAAUGUUCGAGAACUGAAACUCCUUCUGGACACUUACAAAGCUGCUCCUAAAGAACAGCGAGAUCGCAUUCAGCUUAUGAGUGCGGAGAAGAAAGCGCGGCAGGAAGUUGAGGAGCUGAAGGGACUCAUGAAGAGAAUGCAAGAGAACGAAAGAAGAGAGCGGAGGAAACUGGCUGAUGACGACGCCAUGAGGAAGAUCAAGAAGAUGGAAGACACCAUCAAUGAGUUGCAAAAGAACUUGGCUAAUCAAAAGCAGAGGGAGGAGGCUCUGCUCAACGACCUUGACGUCACGGGCCAGGCUUUCGAGGACAUGCAGGAACAGAACACGCGUCUGCUGCAACAGCUCAGGGAGAAGGACGACGCCAACUUCAAACUCAUGUCGGAGAGGAUCAAAUCAAACCAAAUCCAGAAACUAUUGCGGGAAGAGAAAGACGUACUCUCACAGAAUGUGGCCACCCUGCAGUCACAAGUGGAUGCCCAGAACACAGUGGUGCGCAGCCUGGAGGAGAAAGAGAGAAUUCUGCAGAACAAUUUGGCUAUUGUUGAGAAGGAACAAGGGCUGACCCAGCAGGCCAUGGAGAUGCACAAGCGUAAGGCGGUGGAGAGCUCCCAGACGGCGGCCGACCUGAAGCUCCACCUGGACAAGUACCAGGCUCAGCUGAAGGAGGCCCAGGUGGCUGUGGCUGAGAAGACGGCCUCGCUGGAGCAGGAGGUGUUCAAGUACAAGAGGAUGCAGGAAGAAGUUGCAAAACUGAACAGAAAGCUGGAGAGAAGUAAAAAGAUUGAAAUGGCUGGGGCUGCAGAUGAAGUCCUACUGGAAGAAAUUAAAGAGUACAAGGAGCAGCUGACGUGCCCGUCGUGUAAAGUCAACAAGAAAGACGCGGUGCUGACCAAGUGUUUCCACGUCUUCUGCCUGGAGUGCCUGCGGACCCGCUACGAGACGAGGCAGCGCAAGUGUCCGAAGUGCAACGCCGGCUUUGGGGCAAACGACUUCCACAGGCUGUACCUGUCCUGAGGAUGUCGACCCCGGUUGGUGCGCGGCACUGAUCUCUUUGUUCACUUUGCACGACGUUGUUUUUUUGUCCUAUGGAGAGGCACCAUGCAACCUCAGUGCUUUCUUGUCCUAUCUCCAUUUUUUUUUUUAACAUUGAAAAUGUGACUUCUUCUUAAGCUCACUCUUUAUUAUGAACUGUUUUCACUGUUAUUAAAAAUAGAGAUAGGAUAUGAAAGCAGACUAUUGCGGUGCAGUUGGUUACGAAUGGGAAAGUUUGCACAAAUUUGAGGGUCAAGUCUAAGGGGACUCUUCGAACUUGUGUUUGUUUGUCUGUCUGUUAUUUAUGCAUGGGUUAUUUGCUCGCAACCCAACAUGGUGCACGGGACCAAGUGCUGUGCUUUGAAGUAGCUUAUCUCGUGUCUAGUAGGGUGCUGAACUUGAACAAAGUCAAAUGAGAUUUUUGUUUGUGUGGUAUGAGGCAACAGGACACUCUACGAGUGUGGGUAAUUCCUCAGUUCCGCUCUCAAUACACAUCCAAAUAGUAUCUGCAUCUCUUAACUUCUGUCUAAUGCUUAUCAUUUUUAUCAUAAUCAUCUUCCUCAUUAAAUACUUAGCUAUUUUGAUUUCUUACCUUCUCCUCCCUUGUUGCAAUCUGAGUUCUUUCGAAGAAUUAUGUUCUUGUUGGGCCCUCGCUAUGCAGGGUCUCAAUGAUUACUUAUAUUUAGAUUUAGAGGUCUCUGCAUGUGCGACUUUUUUACAUUGGACCUCCCUUUGUAUUGCAUUAUUAUUUUCCUGUUUCAUGUUUGGACCAUUUGUGGACCUUUUCUCUAAUCAGAGAAUACACUUAUUCUUUCUGUAUGUGGGUAGGCUCAUUCUUACCCUCCGAGAUUCUCGAGAAGAACAUUGUUGGUAGUUUCUCUGAAAAUUUUUUAAAUCUUAAAUCUCAGUUUAAUUACUUU